UAAAAGCACAAGUGUCUUACUGGCAGGAAGCUGUAACUUCUAAAAUUUUCUGAGGAGGAGGCUGAGAAGUUAAAAGAGAAUUCCUUCCUUUUCUUCAUCAGAUGUUUAAUCUGAUUUUAUACUACUCAUUGCUUUAAGACUAGGAGGGCCCGGAGGUCUCAGAUGAAUAUUGAUUGAAAGGAGGUUUCAGUAUGAAUUGUUAUACUUGGCUAUCUCUUCUGCUAACACUUGGUCAGCUACGGCCUUGCCUUCCAAGUAUGCAGAACCAUAACACCCACAAAAUGAAGCAACCUUUUGCAACACUUCAGAGAGUCAAACGUGGCUGGGUAUGGAGCCAGUUUUUUGUGCUGGAAGAACAGAUUUUAACAGAGCCUUUGUGUGUUGGCCAGCUGAAGUCUGAUUCCGACAAACAUGAUGGCACUUUCAAAUACAUUUUGACAGGGGAUGGAGCGGGAAGCAUUUUUACUAUCGAUGAGUAUACAGGUACAAUUCAUGUGACACAGAAGCUUGAUCGAGAAGAGAAACCUUUCUACACUCUAAGAGCACAGGCAAUUAACAGGAAUACCCAGCUGCCCGUUGAACCUGAGUCAGAAUUUAUCAUCAAAGUUCAGGAUAUCAAUGAUCAUGAACCAAAGUUCUUGGAUGGACCUUAUGAAGCCACUGUUCCCGAGAUGUCUCCCGAAGGUACUUCGGUGAUACAGGUUACAGCUACAGAUGGAGAUGAUCCUGCUUAUGGCAAUAGUGCCCGGUUGCUUUACAGUAUUUUGCAAGGACAGCCCUACUUCUCUGUGGAGCCAAAGACAGGUGUUAUUAGAAUUUCUUCCCAAAUGGACAGAGAAACUAAGGAGCAAUAUUUUGUCAUUAUCCAAGCCAAAGAUAUGGUUGGGCAAAUGGGUGGAUUUUCAGGAACAGCAACUGUAACCAUCAACCUCUCUGACAUCAAUGACAACAAACCCAAAUUUCAACAAAAGUUCUACUACAUGAAUAUCUCUGAGGCAGCACCAGCGGGCUCUACCAUAGGCAAAAUCAUGGCAGAAGACAGCGACAUAGGGGAGAAUGCAGCCAUGAAUUAUGUCAUCGAAGGAGAUGAGUCACUUGUUUUUGACAUCGUUACUAACAAUGAGACCCAAGAAGGAAUUGUUAUAUUAAAAGAGAGAGUGGAUUAUGAGAGCAAAAGGAGAUACAGUGUUAGAGCAAAAGCAGUCAACAGGCAAAUGGAUGGCCGUUUUAUGAAGGAAGGGCCCUUUGAAGACACAACCAUUAUCAAGAUCAGUGUGGAAGAUGCUGAUGAGCCUCCAGUUUUCACCUCACAGAACUAUGUGAUGGAAAUCGCUGAAGGGGCCACAAAUGGUUCCUUGGUUGGUGCUAUCACUGCCAGAGAUCCAGACAAUGCCAACAGUCCCAUCAGGUAUUCUAUUGUCCACAGCACGUAUUUAAAGAGAUUGUUCAGCAUCAAUGCACACAGUGGAACAAUCAUUAUAACUAAGCUUCUGGACCGAGAGACAGCUGCUUGGCACAACCUAACUGUUACAGCCACAGAAACAAGAAAUCCAGAACAAAUUUCUGAAGUAACUGUGUAUGUUCAAGUUCUUGAUGUUAAUGAUCAUGCUCCAGAAUUCCCAAAACACUAUGAGAUUUAUGUGUGUGAAAAUGCAAGAUCUGGACAGCUAAUCCAGACCAUCAGUGCAGUGGAUAAAGAUGAUUCAGUAGAAGGCCAUCAUUUUUACUUCGAUCUGGCUCGGGAGGCCACAAACAACUCAAAUUUUACUGUCAGAGAUAAUCAAGAUAACACAGCUGGAAUUCUUACAGCAAAAAAUGGCUUCAGUCGACAAGAGCAGUUUGUUUUCUUCCUGCCAGUCCUAAUUGUGGACAAUGGAACCCCCUCACUUACCAGCACAAACACCCUAACUGUCAGCGUCUGUGAUUGUGAUACUGAAGCUAGUGCCGAGUCUUGUCGAUUUGGAGCUUUCAUGUUUUCCAUGGGUCUCAGCAUAGAAACCUUAGUUGCAGUUUCGGCUUGCAUACUAAUAAUAUUAGUGUUUUUUUUGGCAAUGCUGGUUUUAAGGCAACGGAGGAAGCAGUCCCUAUUUCCUGACAAGCCUGAAGAGUUCAGAGAGAACAUUGUCAGGUAUGAUGAUGAAGGAGGUGGAGAGGAGGACACAGAGGCUUUUGAUAUUUCAGCACUCAGGACUCGUACUGUUAUGAGAGAGCACAAGUCUAGAAGAAACAUCACAACAGAAAUCCAAAGCCUUUACAGACAAUCUCUGCAAGUUGGUCCUGACAGUGCUGUGUUCAGGGAAUUCAUUUUAGAAAAGCUUAAAGAAGCUAAUACAGAUCCUACUGUUCCACCAUACGAUUCCCUUCAGACAUAUGCAUUUGAGGGGACUGGCUCACUGGCUGGAUCCCUCAGUUCUUUAGGAUCAAGCAUGUCAGAUGUGGAUGAGAAUUAUGAUUAUCUUACUGAGCGGGGGCCAGACUUUAAACAACUAGCAUGCAUGUAUGACCCCAUUAAGAGUGCAACGGAUUAGCAGCCACUAGGGGCCACAUUUUCAAAAGUACUCAAAUCAAAAUCAAGUCUGGAUUUGAAAAUGAGACCAAUUUAAGCAUCAAAAAAAGUGGCCAGAUUUUCAAGAAGCGCAGUUCAAAAGGAUAGUGGAUGCUGAGAACCUUUUGAAAAUCUGCCCGUGAGCAUCACUCUGAGAAGUGUUGAAUGCUCAGCAAUUUUGAAAGUCAGAUUUUAUUCAGUUGCUUGCAUACAAGCUGCACUUCUUUGAAAAUCUAGUUCCAAUGGUGGGUGCUUAAAACAGGUCCCACAAGUACAGGAAAAAAAAAAACAAAAAAACUAUGGUUCCUGGAAAUACUCGACCUAGCUUAGGCUUUACAACUAUUUUCAAAGUUAAGGCUGACUUGUAGGGUUUUUUUGUUUAUAUUAAUUAACCAAAGUUAAAGCUUGCAUAUUUGUAUUAUGUUUGGUAAUAUAAAUUCUAUUGUGUAAAAAAUGUAGACACCAGAAAUAUUUUAAAUGAUUGCCAUAAACACUUACAAAGUCCUCUAUUUAUUUUUUUUAGCAUAAAAUUAAAGCAAAUACCAUUUUUAGCUGUGUAGAAAUAAAGGCCUGUUACAGUCAACAUUUAUUCACUAUUAAAUUUGAAUUUUUAUUAAA